AUGAUAUUUUAUCUUGUGUUGUGUCAUAUUUUGUUAAUUCCAAUAGUUAACAGCAGCAAUACAACAGUUGCUAAACUGGAGCCAACUAAUAAAACUGUAACUGAAUCUGAAUCUCAAAAGGUGAAUCAAUCCAAUGCAACGAAAGAAACUUUGCUAACUGAAGGCGGAGCUGUAUUACCCGGGGUUGGGGCAUCUAUUCUGGCUUUACCUAAAGAAAAACUUACCAGCUUAGAUAGCGAGUUGGGCAAAACUAAAGUUAAACCAGUUGUUGCAAGGAAGGGGGUUGUUUACAUAGAAGAUGAUGGUGAGAAACAGAAUAAAACAUCAACUAGCAAUGAAAUCCCUGUUGUAGCUCCAAAAAUAUUAGAAAAGACUGUUGAUGUCAAGAAUGAAACAGUAGCAACAAAUCAUUCAAUGGAAUCUAAGGUUAACACUUCUCAGUUUAAUAAUGUUGUGAAAGGUGUGAAUAAAACUGAAAUUCCUAAGAAACCAUUACUGUUAUCUUAUGACACUCUAGCGAACAUGACUGUUAAGUCAUCUCCAGGUACAUUGAUAACUAAUCAAAUCCAAUCUCCCAAUAAAGAUAUAAAAAUCUACACUAAGAGUGCUAAUAGUCACCCUGGGAUGAUAAUGCCUAUUGUAAUAACCAUUUUGCUAGUUCCAAUGUUUGCAGUACUUGGUUACAUGGCUUUGCGAAGGGGCCAAGAGGCUUGGAAAAACAGGCAUUAUAAAAGGAUGGACUUUUUGCUUGAUGGCAUGUAUAAUGAUUAA